AUGUUCGCCUAUUCAACGUCUUCUUUUACUGGAUCGACACUUUCAGUCAGAUCGUUCUCCAGUGAUGCAACAACUAUUUCCAAUGCAUUUUACAAUUUGCCACAGAGUCAUGUUCGAAACCGUCUUCAAGCGAAAAAAGCCAAAAAAAGAGGUAGCAAUGCUUCCCGACAAUCAAGCAAACGCGCCCCGUUGAGAACUCAUCCGCCAAUUCCACGACAGAUGUCGCUGUUUCGGAACUUUUUCGGCGGUGGACAGCCUGACGAAGAGGAAGAUAAUGGAGCCGAAUUCGUAGAAACGCUUGUAGAACGAGUGGAGACGUGCAGUGCUCCUGAGGAUCGUCGAGAUGCCCUGAAAGGACUCAAAAGUGUUGCCAAGCAAUACCGUCUAGCCGUCGGAACUAUGGGAAUGAACGCCUACAUCGAUGUUUUAGAAACUGAUAGACUGAAUUCGGAAACUAUGACACUCGUUCUUGAUACUUUAGCAACAGUUUUAUCAGCAGAUGACGACUCUUCUGAAAACGAUGAACUAGGAGAACGACUUGCUGAAAUGAUGCUCAAAAGAAAAGGAUUCAUCGCUUCAGUUCUGGCCGCAGUAGAUCAGUUUGAUUUUGGAGUUAGAAGAACUGCAGUUCAAUUGCUCUCAAACUUGCUCCGCCAUCGAGGGACAGAAGUACAGAAUGCUGUUCUCCAACAACCAGCAGGACUUUCCAAACUGGUCGAUAUAAUUCACGACAACCGAGAAGUUAUCCGAAACGAGGCUAUUCUUAUGAUAUGUGAACUGAGUAGAGCAAACUCGCAAAUUCAACAACUUCUUGCCUAUGAUAACAUAUUCAAUGAUCUUUUGAACAUCAUUGAAACAGAACCAUUUGAUAGCAUUGUGAUCGAAGAUUGCUUGUUUGUAAUGCUCAACCUGCUCCGCAAGAAUUCAAUGAACCAGCAGCUUUUCAGAGAAAAUCAGUUAGUGGCCAGAUUAGGCGGCAUUCUACACACAUUUUUAUACGGUAACGAGGAGACAGAAGAUGAAGUGGACGCUGCAGAAUGGCCGAAACAGCGAACUGCAAAUGUCAUAUUUCUAUUGCAAAUUAUCCGGACACUCGUCAGUCCAGAUAACAAUAGCCAAAAUACACAUGCAGCUCAAAAAGUACUGAACCAAACAAAGAUCCUCGAGGAGUUGAUCCGUGUUCUUCUCACUGAAAUCGGUGCUUCUUUUGAGAUUCUCGCAGAAUCUAUCAUUGUUGUUGCUGAAGCGAUUCGCGGGAACUAUACAAACCAGGAACUCUUCGCAAGUACCGUUAUUGAUAAUGGUGAAGAUGGUCCACGAUCUUCACUCGUUGUUCUUCUACUCUCCAUGAAUGCUGAAAAACAGACGUAUAAAUUGCGGUGUGCCGUAUUUUACUGUUUCCUGUGCUACUUGUUUGAUAACGAAUUCGGAAAAGCUAGAAUCAUCGAAACACUUCUUCCAAACUCACAACCUUCAAACACACCAACCACUGGAUCGCUGAUUUUGCAAGCCAUGUCUUCAGCUGAAUCUGUUCAAGCAUGGUUUGGAUGCGUGACUCUGAUGCAUUGCUUGUACGAUGUAGAUCAUUUGUGCGAACAACUUCUACGAGUGAAGAUCAAUAUCGUUACUGAACAACCGGAAUUGGCGCUCCUGGAUCAUGUUUCACAGCUUUUGAUUUCGGCUGGAAACCGCCGACCGCAAUCUCGAGCUGGUCUUUUGAUGCUCUUGGGAGUUUGGUUGCAGAAUUGCCCUUUAGCAGUAUCGGCAUUCAUGGCAAAAGAAGAUAAUUUAGUAUAUUUGACAACACAUAUUGUGGAUGAAUGUGGCGAAGGAACGGAAAGUGAACAACAAGCACUCCGUGGUCUAAUGGCUUUCGUGCUGCUCUGCUGUCUCAAAAAUAUCCAAGAUAAAGAUACCCGGUCUUCAAUAGAAACGUUGAUUUCUAGAAGAGUUGGAAAAGAAGUUGUGCUAUCUGCUUUGGAAGGACUUACACGAACGGAGCAGUUUGUGAGGGCAGCACAGAAGCAACAACCAUCGGAAAGCAAUAAAAAUAACCUGUUUCUGGAUUUCAACUUCGUCAAACUUUUCAAAUCACUCGAAGGAACCCUGGCUAAGCAAUUGAAACCAAAUGGAGAAUUCAAUGGAACAAGUAAUGAUAGCAUCAUUCAGUCAUUCAAAGAGCUAAUUAAAAGGCAAGAUGGUGACAUUGCACAACUUAAACAAGAGAACAAAAAGAUGAGUGGUGAGAUUGAGAAGUUGACUGCUGAAGCACAAAACAAAGAGGCCGAGAGAGAAGUUGAGCAACUUCGUGUGAAGUUGGAUGAGGCUGCCGCUUUCAGAACACAAACCGAAGUGUUGAAUAGUCAAUUGGCUGAAGCACAGAGACUUACUCAACAAUGGUAUGCCGAAGCAGAACGGUACAAGCAAUGGGCUCAACAGUGGCAGAACUAUCAGUUAACACAGUUACCAAAUGGUGCUGAGGUCGGAGUGACACAAUUGCAACAGCAGGUUGCUGAACUAGAACAACAACUUGGAUACGGAUAUCAAGCAUUUGAACAACAAUCACAAACGAUUUUGCACUACACCGCAGAAAAUGCACAGCUUCGAGAACGACUCGCGAAGGCAGAUGCUUCUCUAUCAGAAGCGAAUUCGAAGUUGGCAACGGUAAAUAGUCAACCAGUAUCCAACGGAGCAGUAGAGAACGUAGAUCAGAAGGCAAGUGACGACGAGCUAGCCAAGCUGAAACAAGAACAGGAAGAGUUGCUGAUGCUUCUCGCCGACCAACAUAACAAGAUGUCCGUGUAUCGACGACGUCUUAAAUCUCUUGGCCAACCAGUGACCGAUGAUGAAGAUGAAUAG